UGAAAGUUUGCCAGACACCUUCUAGGUGGCGUUUUCUGGCCGAAGGAGGAGUGACUGAAAGAGGAGGCGGAGGAGGAGGGAUCGGUGGGCGAGAAGUAGUCGGCUGCUUCCAAGCAUGGGAGACGGGCUGCCGGAGCCAAGCCGUGUUACAAACCCUUCUCCCGCUGUAGCCGCCUGCUCCGAAGCAGAAGCGAUAGAAGUCUUGGAAACUGAAGAUGUGCUGCCUAUGGCUACGGAGGACAACCAUAGAGUUGGAAGGAACCAAAGUUCAUCUACUCCAACCUGCUGCCCAAAGGCACAGCUGUCAAGCCACCAACCCCCCACAGAGCAACCCUUGCUGUCCAGAACACUGUGUGACACAAGCAGAGGGCAGAAGCAUGCCAGAAAGCACUGGAAAGCUCUGUUUGAUCAGUUUGACCCUGAAAAUACCGGCUACAUCAGCACAGAGAAAUUUCGAAACCUCCUCCAAAGACAUGGCUCUGAGCUGGAUCCACAUAAACUGGAAGUGCUUUUGGCCUUGGCAGACAACAAUUCUGAUGGGAAGAUCUGCUAUCAAGACUUUGUCAACUUAAUGAGUAACAAAAGGUCCAAUAGUUUCCGCCAAGCCAUUUUGCAGGGGAACAGGAGGCUGUGCAGCAAGGCCCUGCUGGAGGAGACGGGACUUAGCCUUUCCCAGCGGUUGAUUCGGCACGUUGCAUAUGAGACGCUGCCACGUGAGAUAGAUCGAAAGUGGUACUAUGACAGUUACACCUGCUGUCCUCCACCUUGGUUCAUGAUUGCCAUCACCAUUGUAGAGGUCGCCUUCUUUCUUUACAACGGAGUGGUUCUAGAUAGAUUUGUGCUGCAAGUCACCCACCCCUUAUAUUUGAAGAACUCAUUAUUAUAUCAUCCUCAGCUCCGAGCCCAGGCCUGGAGGUACCUCACCUACAUAUUCAUGCAUGCAGGGAUAGAGCACCUUGGACUCAAUGUAGUUCUUCAGCUUCUGGUUGGAGUCCCCCUUGAAAUGGUACAUGGUGCAACAAGGAUUGGGUUUGUCUACGUUGCUGGAGUUAUAGCAGGUUCCUUGGCAGUGUCUAUUGCUGAUAUGACUGCACCUGUUGUGGGCUCGUCUGGAGGGGUGUAUGCUCUUAUAUCUGCCCAUCUAGCCAAUAUAGUAAUGAACUGGACUGGAAUGAGGUGCCAAUUCAAACUGUUGCGCAUGGCCGUUGCCUUGAUCUGUAUGAGCUUUGAAUUUGGAAGAGCUGUGUGGCUCCGGUUCUACCCAUCUGCUUAUCCUCCAUGCCCACACCCAAGUUUUGUUGCUCACCUUGGUGGGGUUGCUGUUGGAAUCACCCUUGGCGUGGUCAUCCUAAGGAACUAUGAGCAGAGACUUCAAGACCAGUCUUUAUGGUGGAUCUUUGUCUCCAUGUACGUGGUGUUUGUUCUCUUUGCCAUCUUCUGGAACAUUUUUGCCUAUAACCUGUUGGACCUGAAACUACCUCCAUCUCCUUGAGAGCCUGGGCCAAAGACCUAUCAAAGACAAAUGGAGGGUGUUUUCUUGGCCAGCUCCACUAGAUGGGGAAAAAAAUGAAACCUGAGGAUUUAUUUUUGUAUGAGUAUUACAGGAUAUAAACAAAUCCAUUUUCUGGAAAGGCACAUGUUGAGGGGAAAUUUUACUGCACAGCUGGGAUGUGACUGUAUUACUUAAGCAAGGACUGGCCAAUAGAAACUUGCUUGGAAGAAGUUCGGGCAUGGAGCUUUACAGGUAUCACAAUAGUAAAUAAGAGCCAGGCUUUGUAUUCUUGCUCAUGCAAGUAGUUUGGUGCUGCUCUCAUGAAAAAGGGCUGAUUCAUCUCUAUAUUUGUACAACUGGGCACUUAACUACCGCACAUAUUGGUGAAUGUUGAUGCACAAAGUGAAAUUUUGUUUGGGUUGCCUACAUUUUCCCAGGUUAAUCUUCUACUGGACCUGCAAUUAGAAGCUUUACAACCAUCCAUUAGGUCAUGGGGGAAAUCUGUUUGUUUCUUUAAUUAAUAAGAGAUAUUAAAAGGACACUCUUCCAAGACUGUCUGGCUUGAAUUUACAGCUCAGGCUGUUCUACUGAACUCUUGCUAGUGCCCAGUAAAGUUGGACUGUUCCUCCAGUCUAGAGUCUGUUAAAAGUACCAUGUCCCAUAGAAUCUUCCAUUCCAGAGGGUUCAGUGGUAGAGGCUGCUUUUCAACUAAAGGACAAACCAAAUUGCAUUCAAAGAUUUGAAGGUGCUUUAAC